GCUUUAAAGGCGGAUAUUCGUUGAAGUGAACGUGCGGUAGGGAACCGCUGGAUCGGCUCUCUGACGUUCAUGAAAGGACUCCCAGCGGCCAGAUGGGUCCACGUCGAGCCUUCUCCUCUGCCUGCGUCCUCAUAAUGGCUCUUCUCGGAGCAGCGCGUCUCUCCAGCGGUGCCAAAUGCCGCUGUUCAGAAAUUCGUGAAGUGGAACUCGCUGUACCAAAAGAUGGCUGCUCCGACACUGAAGAGAAACAUCGAUAUAGCUGUAUUCCAGGCUAUGUGAGGGAAGCUGGAACAUCAGAUGUGAUACAGUGUGAGGAAAAAGAUGGUACUUUCCAGUGGAGUGAGCCCACACUGAAGUGCAUACCUGACCCAAGAAAACCACGUUCAACAAGCAGACUGGCCAAAUGCCGCUGUUCAGACAUUCAUAAAGUGGAACUCGCUGUACCAAAAGAUGGCUGCUCCGACACUGAAGAGAGACAUCGAUAUGACUGUAUUCCAGGCUAUGUGAGGCAAGCUGGAACAUCAAAUUUGAUACGGUGUGAGGAAAAAGAUGGUACUUUCCAGUGGAGUGAGCCCACACUGAAGUGCAUACCUGACCCAAAAAAACCACGUUCAACAAGCAGUCCGGGAACUUCCACAAGCCUUCCAAGUGUUAGGACCUCUACUUCUGAAGCUGCAAAAUCUACCGACACAGGAACUUCCACUAACCUUCAGAAUGUUUGGAACUCUACUUCUGAAGUUGCAAAAUCUAGCAACACAGAGCUGACCACAUUGGGGGAAGGGAACAGAAUGAAGUUAGGAGACGACAAAGCAGUUGGCAUCAGUUUAUCUGUUGUGAUCCUAUUAUUUGCCAUAUGUUGCAUCAUCGUCUUACUAUAUCGAAGGAGAAACAGGAAGAUUCCCCCAAAAGAAGCAGAAGAACUGGAACCUAUGAAUGAGAUGCAGAAUUCAGUUUUAUAAAGGAACCACAUGGCAUUAAUAGACAACCCGUUGUUUGACAGGAUACACUUAAACAUGAAUGUAACCACUGUGAUGUCAUCCAAAAUUUUGUUCUGAAGCCUAGUUUAAAAUUUUUUAAGUCUUUUUUUUCUUAUGCGGUACUGAACUUAUUUGAAAAAAUAAAUUAUUGAUUCUCUAUAUCUCUGAACUUUAUUGGGUUAACUAACCCUGAUGUGAAAGCACAAUUCUGCCCCCAAACAAAUUUGAAAAAUUCCAACAAAGGGGAUGAAGAUGAGAUCAAAACGAGGGAAAGUAGGAGCCAGGAGCUAGCUUGGUUGGCCAUAUUGAAUCAUGAAGCAGAGCAGUGACACUAGAAGUUACACCACUGAACGGUCUUUUUAGGUCGAGGAUUUUUCACCCCCUCGUCACCGGAGGUUCAGGGAGGCUUUGUGGAGCCCAGUGAGCCAGAGCCUCAUCGGUUUGAGCCUGUGAACCAGUGCUGAGGGAAAUAGGGAGGGGCUCACGGCAGCAUCGCUGCUGCCUCAAGACAGUGGCUGCAUCCAAAAAUGUCUUGUGUAAAGACUACUUUUGCCAACGCAGAGGUGAGUCAGAAAAACUUUUUUACUAGUUGCUUUUUUUUAAGAAGUAGAAAAGUCACGAGAGGGGUCUGAAAAGCCAUUAAGUUGUUUUAUAUAUUAUAUAUUUAAUUUAGAAGUGUUUUAAAUGAUGAAUUUUAAAAUAGGCAACUUCUUCAUAAACUAAGCAUUGAAGCGUGUAACAAAGCGUUAGAAGUUUUCUGUGUUGA